AUGGGUUCGCACUUCACCUUCAGCAACCCGUCGGGAAGGACUCUCGUCUCAAAAAUACUAGCCGACUGCCUACCAGAACAUAUAAUCCCACACGAUGACCAACUCACGUGUGUCUGUCAAUUGCUCGACGGCGUCAAUAUUGUCGCCAUUCUCGCUACUAAUGCCGGCAAGACCGGCAUCUUCUAUAUGUUCAUAUUAACUGUUCUCGCCAUACGCUCUAAUCCCGCUCUUUGUCCUGCCGCCUAUACUCGCUAUCCCGAUAAUGCUGCUAUGAUAAUCAUACUGCCGACAGUAGGCCUCAGUGAGGAGAUGUCUGAGAAUAUGGAGGCUCUCGGACUCUCUUCCAUAGUCAUCACCGCCAAUUCGAUCUCGCACGCCCGCAUGCACAACCAGCCGAGUCCGUGGUCUCUUGCAGUCAGCCAGGCUGCUAUGAUCGUCAUGUCCCCGGAGCAACUCUCGUCGGACGCCUUCAACCACCUUCUUGAUAUGGCGGAGUUCAACACUCGCCUUCUUGCACUGGGAGUGGACGAGAUUCACCUCAUCGACACGUGGGGUAGAGAUUUUCGCAAGGCUUUCAAGAACAUCGGUGCAGUGCGUGCUCGCUUGCCGAAGCGCGUGGUCCUCGCGGCCGUGACGGGUACACUGCUUGCUGUUGGAGGGCAAACCGAGCGCGUAUGUCACGACCUCGGCCUCCGCAAGGGACACUUCUUCAUGCUUCGUCGUUCAAACCUUCGCCAUGAUCUUCAACUUCAAUUUGUUACACUUACACACGGGCUCGGUGGUUCUACUUUCCCUGAUUUUGAUUUCAUCGUUCAUGACACCGAGCGUCGUAAAUGUAUCUUCUUCUGUCCCACGAUCAAACUUGCAUUUACCCUUUUUGCUUAUUUCUGGUCCAUUGCUCCCACAUUCCCCCCGCGCGAUAAGCGCUUUUUACUGUAUACAGCAGCAAAUUGGCCGUCGCAUAACGAAGCGAUUCGCAAGCAGAUGCGCGAGGACGGCGAUUUCCAAGUUCUUGUCGCCACAGAUGCUGCGAGUGUCGGCCUGACCAUCCCCGGGAUUGCCGAUGUACACCUUGUAGGCAUCGAGAAACAGACCGUCAACAAGCUACUGCAAGAGCUUGGCCGAGCGAACCGCGACUACUCGGUACGCGAUGCGCGCGGGAGGGUCUAUCUCCCACCGAGGGCAGUGGAAGCCGCGAAGAAGGCAGUUGCUGACGCCGCCUCCCACACCUCGAGGAAGAAUCUGACACGGAAGCAGGAGGGCGCUCUGAUGGAGCUCGAAUUGGCCCAAUUCAUCCUGGCUACAUGUAAGACGGCCGAGCAGAAUCGCCUUUACGACAACCCACCACCCACGUCGUGUACGUGCAGACGCUGCAUCGCAAAGCCACCUCCCGCACCUCGAGAACGCUGCAACUGCAGUGGUCCCAACUGCAUGCCAUUGCCUGCACCGCCGAAACGACCCACCGUUCGCACCACUAUCACCAAGAAGGACCGUCUUACGCCUAUCGAACGCGCGCUCGCCGACCAAGCUCUCAUUGACUUCCGUUGGAGUCUCUGGGAUUGUCUCCCCGAAACCUCGCCCUACCUGCCGGACAUCUUCAUCAGCGACAAGGAGAAAGACAAUCUGCUAGACGAAUGGGUUCAUCUCCGAGAUCGUGAGAGCCUCGCAGCCCGCGCGACGUCGCCAGAGCUUGCGCCGCAUCUCGCUUCACUCCUCGCCGUCAUCAUCUCUCUGAAGGACGAUUUCGCAUUUCGUCGCGCGGUCUGGCUUCCUGUCCACGACACCCUCCUCGGCAGGACGAAGUCCGUUCCAGAUCGUCUCGAAGCGAUCUCGUCAGCUGCACGGAAGGCUGUAGAGAGUGCGCGGAAAGCUGCCACGAGUCGGCAUGAGAUAUUUGUGACUUGCGACACUGUCUCUCUGCCGUGCGGGACAAUUCCGGCCGCUCACGUUUAUGCCGGUGUCCUACGCAGAACCGCAUCCUUCUCCGCAUCCGACCAGCCUUCCGUGACUGCCGUCGAGAGUUCUGAGACAGCACGCCCGGGCGAGGAGACUCUUGGUAAGGAGCAACUCGGGUCUCUGCCACGCGGAGAGCUACAGGCUCUAGCGCGAUCUCACAGGGUCAAGGCAAACACGAGAUCGGCAGCAAUCAUCGAGGCUCUUUGCGAGCAAUUUCCGGAUGGUGUUCCCUACUCAAGUUCGCCGAGUACACCUCAUUCGAAUAAACGGACACUUGCGGAUCCGGACGUCGCCUCCACAUUUUCGCGCUCACGUAAGGUUGCAAAGUUGGCUUGA